AUGAUUGGCAGGAGUAACAUCUUCCGCAUCGGGAAGAUCCUGGUCGCUGCCGACUUUGCUUCUCACGACCCACACUCAUCACGGCCAUCCUUGCCCGGUGCCAUCGGUGCUGGGCUCAACUCCGUCAUCGCCCGCUCCACCACCCGCACCUCUCGCUCACCGAUCCUCCGAUCCUCGGUCGGAGCUCUUCCAGCUCGGCCAAAGUGGUUCACCAUCGUCACUAGUCCGUUUUGUUUCAAGGUCAAAGAUGAGCACCGACCAUCGACGAUGGUAGCAGCAUUGAUCCAAGUUCUCAUCGCUCAGUCAACUGAUGAGCUGGCUGCUCCAGAUCAAGAGACUCACAUGGGUAGCGCAUCGACAUCGCUCGGGCUGGUCACUUCCUCCCAGCGGGUGCAUCAGCGUGCAGCGGCUUGCAUGCUACAGUACCCCGCUGCCUCCCGCAUGAAAGCGCAUUCCUCGUCUGGAGGCGAUACUUCCAUGUCCAAACAAAUCGAGUAUCCUCGCCAUGCUCGUACCGAUGCGGGGCCCAGCAGUGCCAUGUGUCUCCGGUCAUCACUCGGUCAAGUCGGGCUGUCGGACGCCGAAGACGAGGCCUGGACUUGCGCAAGUCCGAAGCGCGGAGUCGACGGCGAUGGAAGAGCCUUGACGAGUCUGGUGGCGCUCUUCUGCGACGAAAUGGGCGCUCGAUGGACGUGUGCCGAGGCUGCAGCGUGGCCUGUCUCGCAUAGCGAGACCGACGGAAUCCAUAAAAAGCCUCGACUCUCCAUCCUCGUGCACGUUAUUAGGCGGCUACUGUGUUGCCUCUCUUUCACCAUGUCCCACAUCUCGAUCCUUUCUGCCCCACUCCCAUCCGCCAUCCGCACCAGUACCGACGACGCCUACUUCCACUCGCAGCCGGGCUCGAGCAAGCAGUCGCUCACGGUGCCCGAGAGCUUCCUGCGCCCCUCGCGCUCGCGAUCCAACAGCAUCCAUCCCCACCAGUACGGCGUCAACAGCCUUCCUGGCUCGCCUGUGUCGACAACGUUCCCACAGCGACCGGCGUUCCGUCGUGCACUCACCAGCACCGCAGCCUCUAGUGUCAGCUCGGAACAGUCGCGCUUUGACGAUCUGCACUAUUCGCAGACCCACUUUUCCAGAAGCACGCUGCUUGUCUACCCGGACUCCGAAGCGACACUACAGCCGAGUGGUGAGGAGCAGGACGGCGAUAUUCGCGAGCUGCUGGCAUCGUCGGACGAAGAGUCUUCGCUGCCCCCCUCGACACCGGGCUUCGAGACCACCAAGAUCCCACCGCGCGGAUCGUCCGUCUCGCUGACCACCAAGCAGUCGAUGGAAUCGGACAAGUCCGUCUACUCUGAAUCCAUCGUUCUCGCACCGGCACCCAAGCAGAGCCAAGAUAAACUCAGCGGGUUAUUGGCUGGCAAAGCUGCCCGCACGAGCGUGAGCAGCUACAACGACGCAUCGAUCCGGUCCAAUGCGUCGAGCGACUCGUCGAAGAAGAGGCGCUCGCGCAUCUUGAUGAAGAUCAUCCCGUUUGCGCGCGAGUCGAGCUCGCCGGCGGUCGAGGCGGCGCCGCGCUUCAGCACGUUUCCGCGCGCGCGGUCCAAAGGCACCGACGAGCCGCUGGAGACACUGGCGGAUCGGUUCAGCGGUAUGGCGAUGGACUCGCUCUCGCCGCCAUCGUCGGCGUCUUCGUUCACCUCGACGUUCUCUUCGACCCCGGCAACGUCGCCCGAGAUGGGUAUGUCGGAGCUUCCCGCUAGGAGGUCGGGAAGCCACGGGCGGAGAGAAGGGUGUCGACUCAAGGGCACCUCGUCGCGCGAGUCGGUGCGCACGCUUUUUUCUUCGCCGUCAAGUGGGAGUUUGACCGCCAAGGUACCUUCGCACGACGAGGAGAGCGAGUGGGAGAGGACGUUGCAGUCCGCAGCCAGCCGGGCGUCGUGGCAGAGCAGCAUCAAUCAUCGUCCGCGUCCACACGCGCCGGCGAGCUCCGGACACAGCAGGACGGCGAGCCAAUCUACCUGGCCACGCGCCAUCUCGAAGCCUGUGCACCAGCGCGACAGUCUGCUGCUCGAGCACGUCUUUGUCGAUGCGUCCGACGACGGCGUGGGCUCGUAUGCCGAAUCGGCCUACUCGCGAUUUCCGGCGGACCACGAGAGCUCGUACGAUCCGAGGUCAAGAGGUCCGUCCGUGGUGAGCAGCAGCUCGUACGCGCCCCCCGUGCGCCGACCCGCGCGGCACGGCCAAGCGCCUUCCGAGGGUCAGGAGGAGCUGGGACAGGGCCGAUUCGGCACGCUGCCAAGGGUCAAGACCCGGCGUCCGUCGACUACGGGCACGUCGGUGCGCGGCGAGCCGGCUCGGUUUGAGCUGCAGCCCAGCGCACCGCAGCGGCCCGUACCGGUUCGAAACGUAGUGCUGGGCACAGCAUCGCUAGGACGAGCCACGUCGCUUCGCCGAAGACCCGAGACGACGUCGAUCUGGCAGAUGGGUCGACGAAGGUCCUCGGGUGUCGGCAGUCUUUCUCACGCGGGGUCGUUCUCCGCGGGGGCAGCGAGGAUGAUGCCGACGAUCCCGCAGGGACACUCGCGCGAAACAUCGCUAGCGGAUUCGGUUGACGACGGCAUCGACCCAUGCGAGGUGGGCGAUGAGCUGUUUGCGCGCGGAUACUCGGUGCGCCACGACAGCCUGGCGUCCGACGGCUCGGGCGAGUGGAUCCCCCUGCGCUUCGGGUCGUGGCGCAGAGAGUCGCAGGACGACCUGGCACUGCUGAGCCCCGCUCGCCGCGACUCGUUCGUCCAGCGCGCGGCUGCACCCGUGUUCAACCUGACGCCGUUCAGAAGACCCACAAUGGACGCCGGCAGGCGCGACUCGAGAUCGGCGCAGGUGCCAGACGUACCCGAGGCCGUCACGUCAGAGACAGAAGAGGAUGGCAUCGAUCUCGAAGGAUGGUGCCGAAGAAGAAGCACCUUCUCAGAUCAGAUCCAUCAAAGCCCAGCCCGCACCGCCCCCGCCCUUGCUUUCUAG